AUGACCAAUCCUCAGCCUGCAAUAGAAGGCGGUGUUUCAGAAGUUGAGAUAAUUUCACAGCAAGUGGAAGAAGAGACCAAAAGCAUUGCUCCUGUACAGCUCGUUAAUUUUGCUUAUCGAGAUCUACCUUUAGCUGCACUCGAUCUGUCUGUGGCUGGGUCCCAGCUUUUGUCAAAUUUGGAUGAGGAGUACCAAAGAGAAGGAUCUAACUGGCUAAAACCGUGCUGUGGGAGACGAGCAGCUGUGUGGCAGGUAUUUUUGCUCAGUGCAAGUCUCAACAGUUUCCUGGUAGCCUGUGUAGUAUUGGUGGUGAUUCUUCUGACUCUGGAACUCCUAAUAGAUAUAAAGCUUCUCCAGUUUUCAAGUGCUUCACAGUUUGCAGGAAUAAUUCACUGGAUCAGCCUAGUCAUCCUGUCUGUUUUCUUUUCAGAGACUAUUUUGAGGAUUGUGGUCCUUGGCAUAUGGGAUUACAUUGAAAACAAAAUAGAGGUAUUUGAUGGUGCUGUCAUAAUCUUGUCCUUGGCACCAAUGGUGGCCUCAACGGUGGCUAAUGGCCCCAGCAGCCCAUGGGAUGCUAUCAGCCUUAUUAUCACACUACGAAUAUGGAGAGUGAAGAGGAUCAUUGAUGCCUAUGUCCUUCCAGUGAAAGUGGAGAUGGAGAUGAUGAUUCAGCAAUACGAGAAGGCAAAGGUUAUUCAAGAUGAGCAGCUGGAAAGACUAACCCAGAUCUGCCAGGAACAAGGGUUUGAAAUCAGGCAGCUGAGGGCCCACCUUGCUCAGCAGGAUUUAGAUCUGGCUGCAGAGAGAGAGGCUGCACUGCAGGUCCCACACGUACUGAACAAGCAGAGCAGCAACAGGUACAAGGUGGUAGCAAUUGAAGAUUCGGAUGAUGAAGCCACUGAGAACAUCACUGAGCUGCGACCUCCACGAGAGGACGACAUGAAUAAUUACAUCAGUCGAUACUACAAUGAGCCUAGCAGUG